AUGAAGAUCUCUGCCAUUCUGUUGGUCCUUGGCUUGUCGGGGCUGUGCAGCAGCUGCGUGGGACAUCAAGUGAGCCGCGGGGCCGUCGCUGAGCCUCCGAACAAGGAUACAUUCGAUUACGUGAGAGGUCAGCACACGACAAGGGCGAGAGCACCAGUGAUGGUCCUGAGAGUUUCUGUCCUCUGCCGCCUCAGAUCUGAUCACCAAGCUGAUCGAUAAGCUGCAGUCUGCACAGGUGAGAUGGCCCGACGCCUCACAUUCACUGCAGCAGUCAAUUGGAUGGUGUGGUUUGCAGGCUGAGGACCAGACGAAGGGCCAGUUUUGCGCGACGGAGCGUCAGCAGCUCGCCGUACAACUUCAGGAGGCCCAAGCUGCGCUGGACAGCAAGGAGAAGGAGAUCGAGGCAAUGGGCGAUGGAGAAGGCAAGGAAGAAGCCGUCGUCGAAUACGACCAACUCAGCAAGGAACUCGAGCAACGUAAGGCACUAGGCCGCAUGACCAUGCUGGCAUUUGUGGGUGGUCUGUGUUCUCUCCUUCCUAAUGCAGUGCGGAAGCAAGACAAUGCGUUGGCGGCCCAGUGCAUCACGGACUCGUACGAAGAGAAGAAAAGGCGCCGGGAGCAGACCAUUGCCGGCCUCAAGGAUGCCUACGACAUCCUCGAUAGCUUCCCCAAACAGAACUAGUGCCUUGUUCAUGUAGCAUAGACCAUUGACCAUUGACCAUCGACCGAACGGUUUGCGUGACUGGCUGGUCAUGUCAAUCGCAUGACGAC